GUUCGCAAAAAGCCCUAUGAGAAGUGCUGCAUGAAAGAGUACCACUGAGUCCGUAUAAUCAAGCUGCAUCGUUCCUCUUCACUCUCACAAAUUUGCUCAUACUUCGUUUUGUGAGAAUGUCGAAGGCGGACUUGACCAUCGCCAGCGCGCGAUCCAUCAGACCUUUGACUGAAGCUCACCCGGAAAUUACCUCGAGUAUCGACUCCACGGAUGUGCUUGCCAUUCGCGACUGGCCUUCAAGCGUCCGACACAAAAGAACAUCCGUCAGCAACCCCAGACCUUCAAAUCCCAACCACUGUGACUAUUCUCCCCAGCGGUGACCACGUUUUCGCACAGUCCGAGCACGCACAUCUUCCAUUAGAAACAAGACAACCCAAGCUGUGGAGGCCGCAAGAUGCGUUGCUUCUCCACAUGUCUCAGCCAGCACGCAGAAUCCUGACAAUAAAGGCCUGGGACGAAAUGAUGUUAUUGAUGGAGCGAGAUACCGGAACGAGCAAACGCGGCUCUGUUGGGGAGAGGGGGGGAUCUUAUUCGUUGGUCGGCACCGGAUAACAAACCAGACACAAUCAUGUCGGUGACCGUUGCAGAAAGACAUGAACCACUUUCUUUGAGGAAGUCUGAGAUUACGGCAUAAUGUCAUUUCGAGCCGGGGUCACCACUAGGGAAACCCCUCCUUUUUCGG